CUUUGCUGUGUCUACUGCGAGAAUGAAGACCAUUCUCAGCAAUCAGACUGUCGACAUUCCAGAAAAGGUCGACAUUACUCUGAAGGGACGCACAGUUAUCGUGAAGGGCCCCAGAGGAACCCUGCGGAGGGACUUCAAUCACAUCAAUGUAGAACUCAGUCUUUUUGGAAAGAAGAAAAAGAGGCUCCGGGUUGACAAAUGGUGGGGUAACAGAAAGGAACUGGCUACCGUUCGGACUAUUUGUAGUCAUGUACAGAACAUGAUCAAGGGAGUUACACUGGGCUUCCGUUACAAGAUGAGGUCUGUGUAUGCUCACUUCCCCAUCAACGUCGUUAUCCAGGAGAAUGGGUCUCUUGUUGAAAUCCGAAAUUUCUUGGGUGAAAAAUACAUCCGCAGGGUUCGGAUGAGACCAGGUGUUGCUUGUUCGGUAUCUCAAGCCCAGAAAGAUGAAUUAAUCCUUGAAGGAAAUGACAUUGAGCUUGUUUCAAAUUCAGCGGCUUUGAUUCAGCAAGCCACAACAGUUAAAAACAAGGAUAUCAGGAAAUUUUUGGAUGGUAUCUAUGUCUCUGAAAAAGGAACUGUUCAGCAGGCUGAUGAAUAAGAUCUAAGAGUUACCCGGCUACAGAAAGA